CAGGUUUUACACAUCUGUUAGCAGACCUUUUUGGAGCUCUGCCACCCAACUCAAUGGCGUCUUCUACUUCUGUGCCUCUGGGAUUUCACUAUGAAACAAAGUAUGUUGUUCUCAGAUACUUGGGACGCCUCUCUCAGGAGAAGCUACAAGAGCAUCAUCUUUCCUCACUCCAAGGAGUUCAACAAGAUGUAGCUUCACAAUCUCUGGAUCAAGAAGUUUUGUUAGAAGUUAAAACUGAAAUUGAAGAAGAGCUAAGAUUUCUGGACAAAGAAAUUUCUGAAGCCUUCACCAACAUAGGCUUUGACCAGCACACGGCUCCAGUGUUCAGCCCUGCUAACCCAGUAGAACACUGCUUGGCUCAUCUUGGAGAAAAAGUGUCCCAGGAACUGAAAGAGCCUCUACAUAAGGCAUUGCAAAUGCUCCUCAGCCAGCCAGUGACAUAUUAG